AUGGGGUUAGUGAGUGCAAAUGAUGAUCACCAACUUCUAUCAAAGAUAGCAACCAAUGAUGGUCAUGGAGAGAAUUGUGCUUACUUUGAUGGGUGGAAGGCAUAUGAUAAUGAUCCUUUUCACCCUAUAGAAAACCGUAAUGGAGUCAUCCAAAUGGGUCUUUCUGAAAAUCAGCUAUCGUUCGACCUAAUUGAGGAUUGGAUUAGGAAAAACCCAAAUGCAGCCAUUUGCACCACCGAAGGAGCAAAUGCCUUCAAGGACAUUGCUAACUUUCAAGACUAUCAUGGCUUGCCAGAGUUUAGAAAUGCGCUGGCAAAGUUUAUGAGAAGAGUGAGAGGUGGUAGAGUCAGUUUUGAUCCAAACCGUAUUGUAAUGAGCGGCGGAGCCACCGGGGCUAACGAGCUUCUCAUGUUCUGUUUGGCCAAUCCCGGCGACGCAUUUUUGAUUCCAACACCCUACUAUCCAGCAUAUGAUAGGGACUUGAGAUGGCGAACGGGUGUGCAACUGCUUCCAAUUAUCUGCAAGAGCUCAAACAAUUUCAAAAUCACCAUAGAAGCACUAGAAGAGGCAUACAACAAAGCUGCAGAGGCCAACAUCAAAGUGAAAGGCUUGAUCAUAUCUAACCCAUCAAAUCCACUUGGUACCAUCUUGGACAUGGAGACACUAAAAAGCUUGGUUACUUUCAUUAACAAAAGAAACAUCCACUUAGUAUGCAAUGAGAUAUAUUCAUCUACCAUCUUCAAGCCUCCUAGUUUCAUAAGCAUUUCUGAGAUCAUACAACACUUGGAAUGCAAUUCUGAUCUCAUUCACAUUGUUUAUAGUUUGUCUAAGGACAUGGGCUUUCCCGGGUUUAGGGUUGGCAUUGUUUAUUCAUACAAUGACGCGGUUGUGAAUUGUGGUCGAAAGAUGUCAAGUUUUGGAUUAGUCUCCUCACAAACACAACACCUCCUCGCUUUAAUGCUUUCUGACGAUGAUUUUGUGGGGAGGUUUCUUGGUGAGAGCUCAAAGAGGAUAGGGAAUAGGCACAAACACUUCACAAUGGGACUUGAAGAAGUGGAAAUCAAUUGUUUACCAGGCAAUGCUGGACUAUUUUGUUGGAUGGAUUUGCGUUCGCUGCUCAAAGAACCGACAUUUGAAGAUGAAAUGGCACUAUGGCAUGUGAUAAUCAAAGAAGUGAAGCUCAAUGUCUCUCCGGGGAGUUCUUUUCAUUGUGUGGAGCCUGGUUGGUUUAGGGUAUGCUUCGCGAACAUGGAUGAUGCAACGGUUGCAGUUGCACUUCGAAGAAUUCAAACAUUUGUGGCUCAGACCAAGAAAGGAGAGGCGCUAUUGAAAAAUAAGCCAUGGCAGAAGAAGCUUCAACGUAGCUUCUCAUCGCAAACAUAUGAUGAUGGUCUCAUGUCACCCCACAUGUUGUCCCCUCAUUCCUCAAUCCCUCACUCGCCUCUCCUUUGA